AUGUUCCAAAUAUUCAGUCUUCCUCUUACGGUGCCAGAAACACCAGCCUUCGACCGCGAGGUGUUCCAGCAUAACAUCAAACCGCUUCUUGAGGGUAUUGCAUAUGACGACACAUACACAAUGAACACACAAAGUGGAACACAGUGGGAUGGAUUCCGACACGUUGGCCACAUCGACAGCAAGUGCUUUUACAAUGGGGCCACAAGUGACGACUUUGUAGGCGACGCCCCAAAUCACCGCUGCAGCAUUCACUAUUGGGCAGUUCACGGCAUUGCCGGCCGUGGAAUCCUCUUGGACUACUAUCAUUACGCCCAAACCCACAACAAGGCUUAUGAUCCCUACACCACCCACAGCAUUGGUCUCUCAGAGCUACAAGCCUGUGCAACUUCACAGGGUCUUGAUCUCCGCCCUGAAACCGAAGGUGGUGACAUUCGCGUCGGGGACAUUCUCCUCGUGCGCUCCGGCUUCAUAGAGAAGUACGGCGAGCUCAGCUCCGAGCAGCGACACGCGGCUGCAACGCGGUCCCACGACGACUUGUGCUUCGCAGGACUAGCACGCGAGCCUGCUAUCCGUGAUUGGUUGCAUGAUUGCUACUUCGCGGCUGUUGCGGGUGAUUCCCCGACUUUUGAGGCAUGGCCUGUUCCUGAGAUGGAUCAUUUGCAUCAGAGCUUGCUGGCGCUUUGGGGUUGUCCUAUUGGGGAGAUGUGGGAUUUGGAGAAACUUGCGGCUAAGUGUCGUGCGAGGGGCAAGUGGACUUUCUUUAUGACUAGUGCUCCUGCUAACAUGCCUGGUGUGUAUUGUUUUUGUUUCCCCGUCUCUAUAGAUUUGGGGGUUUGUCUUGACUAA